UGGCCGCCGCUGGCUGCUGCCCGCCCCCUCUCCCCCUCCUCCUCCUCCUCUUCCUCAUCAUCAUCACCCUCCUUGUCCUCCCCGCGUCGCCCCUCAUCUUGGUGCUGUUGUGCGCAAAAUCUCCAGCGCUGGACGGAGGGGACGCAGGACAUCAGAGGGGAGAAAAAGCCACCCAGAGCUGACAUGGAUGUUUGACUCUUUACGAAGCUCUUUGAUAUAUUUUUGAAGGAUGCUGCUUUUGCCCUAGGAGGGUGAGAAUUGGACCUGCUCGAUGUUUCUCUUCAGUUAAUAACCGAACCAAAAUGAGGAUUUCUUCCUGUGACUGGAUUCUGUUGAUGUUCUCGGGCUUUUGGGGGCCGGCGAUGGCAGCUUUCCCGAGCAGCGUUCAGAUCGGUGGUCUGUUUAUCAGAAACACUGAUCAGGAAUACACCGCUUUCCGAUUGGCCAUCUUCCUGCACAACACGAGCCCCAACGCCUCAGAAGCCCCGUUCAACCUGGUGCCUCACGUGGACAACAUUGAAACGGCCAACAGCUUCGCUGUCACCAACGCCUUUUGCUCGCAGUAUUCCCGCGGUGUCUUCGCCAUCUUCGGCCUGUACGACAAGCGCUCAGUCCACACGUUGACGUCCUUCUGCAGCGCCCUGCACAUUUCCCUCAUUACGCCAAGUUUCCCCACUGAGGGCGAGAGCCAGUUCACCCUGCAGCUCCGGCCGUCCAUCCGGGGGGCGCUGCUUUCCCUACUCGACCACUACGACUGGAAUAAGUUUGUCUUCCUGUACGACACAGACCGAGGGUACGCCAUCCUGCAGGCCAUCAUGGAGAAAGCUGGACAGAACAACUGGCAGGUCAGCGCCAUCUGCGUGGAAAGCUUCAACGAUGCCAACUAUCGCCGGCUGCUGGAGGAUCUGGGCCGGCGACAGGAGAAGAAGUUUGUCAUUGACCUGGAGGCAGAGAGACUGCAGAACAUGUUGGAACAGAUCGUCAGUGUUGGGAAACAUGUGAAGGGAUACCACUACAUCAUGGCCAAUCUGGGUUUUAAGGACAUCAACCUGGAGCGCUUCAUGCAUGGAGGAGCCAACGUGACAGGGUUCCAGCUGGUAGACUUCAGCAACCCCAUGGUCAUCAAACUGAUGCAGCGCUGGAACAAACUGGAUCAGAGAGAAUACCCAGGCUCAGACGCCCCACCAAAG